AUGUCACUCCUCACUAAUGGUGGCAGAAUCGUGCCCAUACUUACGGGCUCUGAUUCUCACGAUCCUACCCUCGAGGUGCCUGCGUCGUUAGACACAUCUCUUCCUUCAAUUCCUCUUUCUCCAAUCUCUUCCCAUCCGACUAUUCCUCGCCUGUUGCAGGACCAACAGGCUAGCAAACAAGCCAAACCCACGCACCACGCGAGCUUGGAGAUGGCCUCUCUUCAAGAGAGAGGCCUUUAUGCACUACCUACGGAGGGCGACGGUAAUUGUCUCUAUUACUCCCUCUCCGACCAACUGUAUGGCGACACCCACCAUGCAGACGAAAUACGCCAGCUUCUAGCCAAUCACAUGGCUUCCAAUAAAGAUUACUUCAUGCAAUUUGUCGUUGCUGAAGGUGGGGAGCGCCGCCGGCCUAAACGUGCGGCUGCAUCAGCGUAUGCCACUCGCUCUGCCGAUGUCUCCGCUCCGUCCCAGGAAGACAUGGAACGGAGGUUCCAGGAAAUGAUUGCUACCACCCGCAAGAAUGGGGAAUGGGGCAGUUCUGAGCAUCUCCAGGCUUUCUGUCAGGCUUUCAAGGUCGACUUGAAUGUAUACACCAUGGAUGGUGUUUCGGUGUUCCAGGAUGUCAAUGCCCUCCCAACGCAACCCCGCGAUGUUCUGCAUGUAGCCUUCCAUGACUUCAAACACUACUCUUCAGUGCGGUGUAUCGAGGGCAAGCAUGAAGGACUGCUUACCAAGCUGAAGCCUUUCCAACCUAUUGGGGAGGGUAUUAAGCCUGAGGUCAUUCCAGACUCCAAAUCCAACAUAGACCCUAAGCAAUCCUCUUUACCAGAAGAAAAAGCUGGCAGUGAUUAUACAACCAACGAUGAGGGAUUGGGUGGCCGAUAUGACCGGGAAACAAUUGUCGACAUGCUCCAGAGAUGUCGCGGCGAUAUUGACCGCGCGUUCGCUGCGCUCUUAGACGAGAAGACCGACGUCCCAUUUGAUAAGAAAGCUGCCCCCGGCAUCCCCAUGAAACCAAGCUUGCAGGCUUCGCGCUCUUCUUCUCCAUUCAGUACGGGUAGCAAGCGAUCCGCGGAGGAUAGUGACGAUUCCGAAGAUCCUCGUCCCGCACGGCGAACCCGACCUAAAAAACGUCUCGUCUCCAAUCUUACCUUGGGCGUUGGUAUCUCAUUCAGGGAUGAACACGACGAGGUUGUUUCCUUGAAUCUUCGAAUGAACUCCGACACAGAAGAUGGUCAGGCCACAGAUCCACCUCUACCGGGUACCACUACCCUGGAACAAUCGGACAUGGACGGAAAGAAAUGUCGCCGCAGUAGACGACUUUCCCGCCCGCGUCCGAACUGA